GUCUUCGCGGGGGGCGGGGCGGGGCGUCCCCAACGGCUCCCGCGGCGGUUUGACCUCGGGCCAUCUGGGGUUCGCUAGUUUCCUGCGUGGUGUGUCUGGCGUUCCACGCUUGGGGUCCGGCAGAGGGUCCGAAGUUUCCGAACGCAGCGGAGAGCGCGGCGUGCGCCGUCGUCGGGAACUAGAGAUGUUGCAAAGAAAGCAGAAUGGGGACCUUAACCAUUGACUUGUGUUUGGGAGAGUCUUCUUAUUUAAGCAGAAGCAAAUUUGUGGAAACAAAAGAGGAAAGAGGAUAGAAACAUUUUCUCUACUAAGAUUCCAUAGCGUCUCAUUUAAUUUCCUGCCAGUUUCUUCCAAUAAGGGGACACGGGUUCAAGCCCUGGUCCGGGAAGAUCCCACAUGCCACGGAGCAGCUAAGCCCGUGUGCCACAGCUACUGAGCCUGUGUGCCACAACUACUGAGCCCGUGAGCCACAACUACUGAGCCCAUGUGCCACAACUACUAAAGCCCGUGCGCCUAGAGCCCAUGCUCUGCAACAAGAGAAGCCACUGCAAUGAGAAGCCUGUGCACCGCAAUGAAGGGUAGCCCCCGCUUGCAACUAGAGAAAGCCCAUGCAGCAACAAAGACCCAAUGCAGCCAAAAAAAAAAAAAAUAGAAAAAAAAAGAAAAUAUGAAUGACUGUAAUGAUACCAGUUUUGUCAGAUGUUCACAGCUGUAACAUGAUUAUGAAAUGGAGUCUAGUUCCUCAGACUACUAUAAUAAAGACAAUGAAGAAGAAAGUUUGCUGGCAAAUGUUGCUUCCUUAAGACGUGAACUGAAGAUAACAGAAUGGAGUUUGCGGAGUUUAGGGGAAGAGUUAUCUAGUGUUAGCCCACGUGAAAAUUCUGGUUAUGCCUCUAAUCUCUCAAGGUCUGAAAGGCUCAUUCUGGAAGAUCUUUCUCAGCCUAGCCAGCUUGGACUUUUGAAUUACUCACCUUAUAAAAAAGUUUGUAAAAUGCCCAAUAGUGGUACUGAUUUUCAAAAAAAGCCAAGAGAUAAGAUGUCUUUUUCAUCUUCUACCCCUGUGGAUCAGGAAAUCAAAAGUCUUCAAGAGAAACUUAAUAAUCUUAGGCAACAGAAUGCUUGUUUGGUCUCACAGAAUCAUUCUUUAAUGACUAAAAUAGAGUCUGUCCACUUUGAAUUGACACAGUCAAGAGCAAAAGUUUCUAUGCUUGAAUCUGCUCAACAACAGGCAGCCAUUGUACCAAUCUUAGAAGAACAGAUUAUAAAUUUGGAAGCAGAAGUUUCAGCCCAAGAUAAAGUUUUGAGAGAGGCAGAAGAUAAAUUACAGCAGAGUCAGAAAAUGGUGACUGAAAAGGAACAGAGUUUGCAGAAGUCCCAAGAGGAAUGUAUAAAGCUGAAGGUAGACUUAUUUGAACAAAGUAAACAAGGAAAGAGAGCUGAACAACAAAGGAAUGAAGCACUAUAUAAUGCUGAAGAGCUAAGUAAAGCUUUCCAACAUUAUGAAGAAAAGAUGGCUGAAAAACUGGAAAAGGUUCAAGCUGAAGAAGCAAUAUUAGAGAAAAAUCUGAUUAACUGUGAAAAAGAAAAUAAAAGGCUACAGGAAGAGUGUGGUCUAUAUAAAAGUGAACUUGAAAUUCUGAAGGAGAAAUUAAGGCAGUUAAAAGAAGAAAAUAAUAAUGGAAAAGAAAAAUUAAGGAUCAUGGCAGUGAAAAAUUCAGAAGUCAUGGCACAACUAACUGAAUCUAGACAAAGUAUUCUUAAGCUAGAGAGUGAGUUAGAGGAUAAAGACGAAAUACUUACAGAAAAAUUUUCUCUGAUGAAUGAAAACCGAGAAUUAAAAGUUCGUAUUGCAACACAGAAUGAGAGACUGGAUUUGUGUCAGCAAGAAAUAGAAAGUUCAAGGGUGGAACUGAGAAGUUUGGAAAAAAUUAUGUCCCAGUUGCCAUUAAAAAGAGAAAUGUUUGGUUUUAAAUCAUCUCUGUCUAAGCACCAGAUGAGUAUUUUGUCAAACAAGGAAGACAGUUACAUUGGCUGCUGUGAGACAAAUAAAAUGGUGAUUUCGGAAUUGAGGAUUAAGCUUGCAAUGAAAGAGGCAGAAAUUCAAAAGCUUCAGGCAAACCUGACUGCUAAUCAAUUAUCUCACAAUCUUAUUGCUUCUAAUGACAACCAAGAAAGUGGCAAAUUAAAUAGUUUAGAAACAGAACCUGUAAAACUAGGAGGUAAUCAAGUAGAAAGUAUAAAAGAUCAAAAUCAACAUACUGUGAACAAGCAAUAUGAAAGAGAAAGGCAAAGACUUGCUUCUGGAAUAGAAGAAUUACGUGAUAAGUUGAUGCAGAUAGAAGCUGAGAAUUCUGAUUUGAAGGUUAACAUGGCCCACAGAACUAGUCAGUUUCAGCUGAUUCAAGAGGAGCUGCUAGAGAAAGCUUCAAACUCUAGCAAACUUGAAAGUGAAAUGACAAAGAAAUGUUCUCAACUUUUAACUCUAGAGAAACAGCUAGAAGAAAAAAUUGUUGCUUAUUCCUCUAUUGCUGCAAAAAAUGCGGAACUAGAACAGGAACUUAUGGAAAAGAAUGAAAAGGUUAGAAGUCUAGAAACCAAUAUCAAUACAGAGCAUGAGAAAAUUUGUUUAGCUUUUGAAAAGGCAAAGAAAAUUCAUCUUGACCAGCAUAAAGAAAUGGAAAAGCAAAUUGAAAGACUUGAAUCUCAACUAGAGAAAAAAGAACAACAAUUUAAAGAACAAGAAAAGACAAUAUCCGUGUUGCAGCAAGAUAUAAUAUGUAAACAACAUCACCUUGAAUCACUAGACAGACUCUUGACGGAAAGCAAAGGGGAAAUGGAAAAGGAAAAUAUGAAGAAAGAUGAAGCUUUGAAAACAUUACAGAACCAGGUAUCUGAAGAAACAAUCAAGGUCAGACAACUAGAUUCAGCAUUGGAAAUUUGUAAGGAAGAACUUGCUUUGCAUUUGAACCAAUUGGAAGGAAAUAAAGAAAAGUUUGAAAAACAGCUAAAGAAGAAAUCUGAAGAAGUAUAUUGUUUACAGAAAGAGCUGAAGAUUAAAAAUCACAGUCUUCAAGAGACUACUGAGCAAAAUGUUAUUCUGCAGCAUACUCUUCAACAACAGCAGCAAAUGUUACAACAAGAGACAUUUAGAAAUGGAGAGCUAGAAGACAUUCAAACUAAACUUGAAAAACAGGUAUCAAAACUUGAACAAGAGCUUCAGAAACAAAGGGAAAGUUCAGCUGAAAAGUUGAGAAAAAUGGAGGAAAAAUGUGAAGCAGCCACAUAUGAAGCAGAUUUAAAAAGGCAAAAAAUUAUUGAACUUACUGGUACUGCCAGGCAAGUAAAACUUGAGAUGGAUCACUACAAAGAAGAACUGUAUAAAAUGGAAAAAGAAAUAAAGCACCUAAAACGAGAUGGAGAAAAUAAAGCAAUGCAUCUCUCUCAGUUAGACAUGAUAUUAGAACAGACAAAGACAGAACUAGAUAAGAAAACAAACGCUGUGAAGGAGUUAGAAAAGUUACAGCACCACACUGAAACUGAACUAACAGAAGCCUUGCAGAAACGGGAAGUACUAGAGACUGAACUACAAAAUGCUCAUGGAGAAUUAAAGAGUACUUUAAGACAACUCCAGGAAUUGAGAGAUGUUCUACAGAAGGCUCAGUUAUCAUUAGAGGAAAAAUACACUACUAUAACAGAUCUCACAGCUGAACUUAGGGAAUGCAAGAUGGAGAUUGAAGACAAAAAGCAAGAACUCCUUGAAAUGGAUCAGGCACUUAAGGAGAGAAAUUGGGAGCUAAAGCAAAGAGCAGCUCAAGUUACACAUUUGGAUAUGACUAUUCGUGAGUACAGGGGAGAAAUGGAACAGAAAAUAAUUAAAUUAGAGGGUACUCUGGAGAAAUCAGAAUUGGAACUUAAAGAAAGCAACAAACAGAUAGAAGGUUUGAAUGAAAAAUUGCAAAAUGCCAAAGAACAACUUCGAGAAAAAGAGUUUAUAACACUACAAAAUGAACAGGAGAUAAGUCAACUGAAAAAAGAAACUGAACGGACACAAGAAAAGAUGAAAGAAAUGGAAAUUGUUAUGAAAGAGCAGGAACAGUACAUUGCAACUCAGUACAAGGAGGCCAUAGAUUUGGAGCAAGAAUUGAGGCUAUCUCGGGAGCAUUUGCAGAACUCUCAUACAGAAUUGGUGGAGGCUCAUCGUCAACAAGUGCAAGCACAGAGAGAAGUAGAAAGGCUGUCAAGUGACCUGGAGGAAAUAAAGCAACUCUCUAAAGAGAAAGAAGCUCAUGGAAAACAUUUAGCUGAAGAGUUGGGGGCUUCUCAAGUACGUGAAGCUCAGUUAGAAGUAAGAAUGCAAGCAGAAAUCAAGAAAUUGUCAGCAGAAGUAGAAUCUGUCAAAGAAGCUUAUCAUCUAGAGAUGAUUUCACAUCAGGAGAAGCAUGCAAAGUGGAAGAUUACUGCUGAUUCUCAAAAGACUUCUGUUCAGCAACUAAAUGAACAGUUAGAGAAAACAAAACUAGAAUUAAAAGAAGCUCAGGACACUAUAAGCAAUUUGCAUCAGCAAGUCCAAGACAGGAAUAAAGUAAUUGAAGCUAUAAACGAAGCAUUACUUAUUAAAGAAUCAGAAUUAACCAGAUUGCAAGCCAAAAUUUCUGGACAUGAAAGGGCAGAAGACAUCAAGUUUCUACCAGCCCCAUUUACAUCUCCAGUAGAAAUUGAGCCUGAUAUUCAAGAUUCAAAAUUUGCUAAGCAUUCUCACACAGCUUUCUUCAAGUGUAGAAAACUACGUCGCUCUAUUAGUGCCAGUGACCUUAGUUUCAGAACUCGUAGUGAUGAAGAUCUUUCUGAAGAAUUACUGCAGGACUUAAAAAAAAUGCAAUUGAAACAACCUUCAACAUUAGAAGAAAGCCAGAAGGAUCUGACUUAUACCCAGUCAGACUCAUUUAAACCUCUCCCAUAUGACCUAGAAGAUGAUAGUUCUGAGAAUAAUGACUUCAGUACACUUAGUGGAAUGCUAAAAUAUAUAAACAAAGAAGUGAGACUAUUAAAAAAGUCUUCUAUGCAAACAGGUGCUGGUUCAACUCAGGUAUGUAUUUCAUACAUUAGAAGUUACAAUAAUUUGUCUCCAAUUAGUAUCAUUUUAUUUUCUGUAAGAAAGAAACCCAUACGUUUAAAUGAAGCACUCAUGCCAUUAGGUGAUGUACACAAAUAUUGAAAGUAUGAAAAACUUCAUUGUGAGUUUAGAAUGCUUUUACCCUAGAUAAAUAGAGUUGAAAAUUAAGCUUUGAAAAUUACCUUUUGUUAAAGUAGCCUAUAUAUUUGAUUAAAUAUAAUCCCUAUAUUUGACUGAAGACUAAUUCUACCUCAUACUGGGAAAGUAUUUUGAACUCCAGAGUAUUAGAGAAUGUUUUUUGGAGUUCCAAAAUUAGUUGUGUUCCUAGACUUCCUGGAAACCAUUCUAGUAAAGAUUAUUAAGGUAGUCUUUGUUUUGGUCAUAGAAUUUCCAUAGUGGCUCAGAACAUCUCAUUCACAUGAUUUUUCUGCUCUCAUUAUUCCUGAGCAUAUCAUACUGAAGAGGCAACUUUGUCCCUGCUACACAUACCUUACAGACACUCGACAUUGUUUAUAAGCAGUUAAUCUAUAGUUUGCACAGAGAAAUAAAGAAUCUCUUCCAGGUAAUUUCAGCUUUUUUCAAAUGCCCAUUUGCCUCAUUUCAAACAUAUCAAAAUAGGUUUGGUGGCCUAAAAAGUUUAAAAAGUGUUUUUAGAAUGGAUCCAAGACAAAGACUGUUGGAGCUUCUAUUCAUUUCUCCACGUCCUUCCUUACAUUAAAAAGAGCUUAAUCUGGGGAGUUCCCUGAUAGCCUAGUGGUUAGGAUUGCAGACUUUCACUGCCCUGGCUCAGGUUCAGUCCCUGGUGGGGAACUGAGAUUCUGCAAGUCACAUGGCACAGCCAAAAAAAAGAAAAAGCUUAAUUUAUUAUUUAUAAGCAGAAGACUAGAAAUAAUAAUGGUAUUGGUAAAAACAAAAUUUACACAUUAUGAAAUUUCAAGUGUAUAGCAAACAAGAUGAUAAAAUAAACAAGGCAAACUUCUAUAAAGCCUGAUAAAAUUAAUUUUCAUCUAGCCUUUAAAACUACAGUUGUGUUUAUUGUAUAUCAUUUAUUUAGCCAUUUAAUUCAUUUAGGAUUUAUUGAGCAUCUACUAUGUACCAGGCACUGGGAUUAUAGAAAUAAACAAAACAAAAAUGAUCAAGACCCUGUCCAAACAGAGCUUACAUUUUAGUGGGGAGAUCAUCAAUAAACAAGUAAAUAAACAUAUGCUCUAAUGCCAGGUGGAAAUAAGUGUCAUGAAGAAAAGCUGGUAAGAGGAUAUGAUGUGACUCAGGUAUACUGUUUUAGAUCUGGUGAUCAGGGAAGGUCUCAUGAGAAGAUGACGUUUGAUCAGAGUCCUGUAGGAAGUACGGAAUUAAACUACUUCAGUAUCUGAAGGAAGAGCAUUGGAGGAAUGGAAACAAGUGUUAUCGUCCUGAGGUGGUAGCAUGCCUGGUAUGUUCAAAAAACUGCUAGGAGGUGUAUGGAUGAUUUGGUGUAAAUAAGAGGGAGGAGAUGUGAUAAGAGAUAAUGCCAAGGGUGGGGUAGUGGAGGUGGGGGUGCCAUAGUGAUCUUGUAGCUCCUUUUGAAGUGUGAUGGGAAGACAUCAGAGGGUUAUGCUUAAGAAAGUGACAUGAUCUGAUUUAUGUUUUUAAAGGAUCACUCUGAUUGCUUUAUGAAGAAUGGAUGAUAAAGGGACAAGAACAGAGAACAUAUAGGAGGCUACUUGUAAAAAUCCAGGCAGGAUAUGAUUUUGGAUAGGCAGGAGGAUAGAUGUGAAGGUGUUGAGAAUGGUUCAAUUUCUGGAUAUAUUUUGCAGGUAGAGCAAACAGUGUUUGAUGUAGGUUUUGAGUGACAUAGAAGUCAUGAAAGACUCCAAAGAGUUUAGCCAGAGUAACUGAGCAUUUACUGAGAUGAGGAAUACUAGGAGAUGAGCAGAUUUGGAGGCAUGGAGAGAAUCAAGGGUUUGAUUUUAGAUAUAAUAAAUUUGAGAGUUCCAUUAGAUGUCCAGAUGAAGAUGAUAAAUUGUUGCAUUUAUGAGACAAAUUAUAAAUUUAGAUAUCAUCAGCAUAUAGAUGGUAGUUAUAGCCAUAAUGAUGGAUUAAAUCAAGGAAAUUAAUGGAGGUUAAAAAAAGAAAAAAGUCCAAAAACUAAGCCUAAUUUAGUAAGGCUAAAUUACUUUUAGCAUGUGAGUAUUGAUAAUUUAAAUUAAAGCUAACUGAGAAGUAAACAGUGAGAUAGGAGAAAAAUAGGAGAGUAUAAUAAUAUUCCAUAAGCCAAGUAAAAAUGUGCUUCAAGAAGGAGGGUGAGAUCAACUCUGUCAAAUGUUGCUAAAUAAAGUGAGGAUUGAUAAUUGAUAUCAUAUUUGGUAAUGUGGAAGCUGUUAAUGACAUUUUUAAGAAUGGCUUCAGAGUAAUAGUGAGGAUAAAAGCCUGAUUAGAGUGGAAUCAGCAAAGAAUGGGAGGAGAAGAAAUGCAAACACCAAGAAUAAACAACUCUUGAUAUACAGUAGAGCAGAGAAAUGAGGGGAAUGUGAUGUCAAGGGAGAGUUUUUUAUUUUGUUUUUUAGGAUAAGAGAUAAAACAGCAUUUUGUAUGUUGGUAGGAAUGAUCCAGUAGAUGAGGAAACUGAUAAUGCAAGACAGAGUGGAAGGAGUAAAAUCCUUAAGGUAGGCUGAAGGGGACAGGAUCCAGAAGAGAAGUAGAAUUGGCCUUGAAUAAAAGAAGGGGCAGUUUAUCCACUGUACUGGGAAGGAAGGCAGAAUAUAAGGGUACAGAAAUACAUGGAGUGGAAGAAACACAUGGUGGGAGGGGAGGAAUUCCAUUAUUAAUUGCCUUUGUUUUCUUAGUGAAAUAAGAAACAGGGUUAUCAGCUAAGGCAGGGUAGGGUAUUAGAGGUUUAAGAAGAGGGGAGGUAUAUGAAACAGUUAUCUUGUAGAGUGGGAAAAUAUAAAUGGACUAGGGAAGUCUAGUAGGAUUGCCAAGGAGAUAGUUUUGUUGUGUAGAACUGCCAUGCAAACCAUAAGACAUCUGGUGUCUUUUGUCCCUGUCUAUUCUGUGCCAGCAACAGGAUGUCCCUUUUUCCCCAUCAUAGUGACAACCAACAAGUACUCUUACAGAUUUCCAGAAUGUUCCCUAGGGGAGAGUACUGCUCCCUUUAAGAACCUCUGCUAUAUUCCAAUGGCCCUUACAGUCAUGGAUAUACAAGAGUCUUAUUUUUGGUAAAAUAGAAUUUAUACAGGAUAAAUUUGUGAUAGAUUUACUAUUCUAAAUGCUUUACAUAGAUUAACUCAUUUAAUCUUUACUAACAACCUUGUGAUAGGUACUAUUAUUAUCCUAAUAAUACCAAAUCUUCUAUUUUAGUGGCUAUUAUUAUUAUUCUCACUAUAUAGAUGAGGAAGCUGAGUCUCUGUUCUUAACCACUAUUGAUAAUACUAUUUACAUAAUUGUACUUAUCUUUUCUUCAGUACUGUCUAAUUAUAUAGUUUGGUCUUGCAACUACUUAGUCAAUUAGAGAUUAAGGUUGUGGGACUUAAAAUUACUACACAGCUGAUAGAAUAUUUCUCACUCUAAAGCUCAUUGGGAAAGAUGGAUGGAUUUGAAUAUUUCAAAUCAAUUUACCUAUUCUAUUAUCAUGGAAACUCAGUGCAAAAUACUUUAGUCAGUUCUUAAGAAAAUCUAGCCAAAGUUAAAUUCUGUACACAUAUAGUUUUAUUUAUUGCUAGUGUUAAAAAAACAAAAAGGUGGAGCACAAAGUGGAGUCACUUGCCCCUAGGACAGCAAACCAAGACCUAAUUGCAGCCUCUCCUAGGAGUGGAAUUUUAAGUCAAUCAUUGGAAUUUUCUGAUCAGCAUUAGCGGGGUAAUCUGCCUGAUAAGACCCCUGCCACCCUUCCCCCAAAGAAAGGUGACCUUGACUGAAACAAUCCUUUCUUUUCUUUUGCUAAUAACUGUCUUAUCCUGCCCAGAUUCUGCCUAUUAAAGCCUUCCAUAUUGUACAGCUCCUUUUGUUGCAGGAAGGGGGACCCCUUCCAGGGCCUGAGAGUGGACUCUUCUCUAACACUCAGAAAUGAAUUGUCCGAGGAGACACAUGUGCUGACAAAGCAAGAGACUAUUGGGAAGGGGCACCUGGGUGGAGAGCAGGAGGGUAAGGGAACCCAGGAGGACUGCUCUGCCACUGGCUUUCAGUCUCGGGUUUGACGGUGAUGGGAUUAGUUUCCAGGUUGUCUCUGGCCAAUCAUUUUGACUCAGGGUCCUUCCUGGUGGCGCACACAUCACUCAGCCAAGAUGGAUUCCAGCGAGAAUUCUGGGAGGGUGCUAGGACAUAUGGACUGGUGUCUCCUCUCUCCUUUUGACCUUCCCUGAAUUACUCCGGUUGGUGGUAGCUUGUUAAUUCUGCAUUCCUUCCCAGGACCUCCUGUUUAAGGUAAUUCAUGCAAGUGGUUACUAUGGUGCCUGGCUAGGGCAUCGGUUUCAGUCAGUGUUUCCCCUAACACUCUGAGCACCUCUCCUGUUUACUAGAUGAAAUGCUAUCUGAUUCAUGCAUUAUUCAUAAAGCCAAUUAGAUCUUCAAAUAUACUUGGUUGUAUUUUGUUUUUUAACACUAGUGAUACUCUGCUGAGUUUUAAAUGCAUUAACCGCUGUUAAUGCCAAAAACUUGGCCUCUGUGCACUGGUGCCGAACUGAAUUUCAGAGACAGAGUUUUGGGUGAAGUAGAAAAGGAGAGCUUUAUUGCUUUGCCAGGGGGAUACAGCAGGCUCGUAGCCUCAAAACCCAGGGAGUUUGGUGAGGAAUUUUAUAGCAAUGGUUCAAGGGCAGGGUUGCUGAUAAGGAUCAGGGUAUGUGCAGGGCCUGUAUUCCUUUAAUCUGUCCUCAGGUGGUUUCCUGAUGAGCUUCUGUGGUUCUUGAGGUUAUCAAACUGUGACUUUCUCUCUGGAAUGAAGAAUGCUUCAAGUAGUUAACAUCUUCCAUUUGUUGGGAGUUUUAGUUCUGCAGAAGAGCUCAAAGAUAUUGUUAUGUGUAUCCCUUGAGGCAGAACCAGGACCCUGCCCCAAGGCUGCGCUAUUGUUUUUGGACUGUUCCUCCUUUGUCUGUCUCUGUGUCCCCUCCCUUCCCUGAUUAGCAACGGUUUGAACCUGCCCUUUGGAAUUCAGGGAAGGUCAUGGAGGCUGAAGCCUAUUUUCUACAAACAAUAAACGGGGAACACAGAAAGGCUUCUGUGCCCAGGAGCCACACAGGGUCCUGCUCGGUUUCACUGUCAAUACUCAUCAUGACUUGAGGCUCACUUGGGACUCUUAUAACUCAUGAGCCUCUGUGUUGGCUUAAUUUUGUCUUGGGCAGAAAGGACUGGCUCUUUUGGUUGCUGAGAACUAUAUUCGGUGUCCUUUGGAACCUGUGCUAGGACUGAUGCUUGAUAAAUGCUCAUCUGUGGGUUUUUUUCAAUUCUCUAAUGGUCAUUACUUACUGAUUAUACCUAAUGUUGAGGAAAAGGUGGCUGAAGAUGUCUUCUCAAUGCUUUUUUCUGUAGGACCUCCAUUUUUUUCUUUUCUAAUUUCACUGUUUUUUUCUAAUGGAAAGUAAGAAAAUUCAGAGCUAGGACAGCUACUAUUGAAAGAAACUUUGACUUGCUAUGGUUUUACUCUUUAACUACCUUCAUGGUCAUUUACAUGUGCAUUGCAUUAAUAACUGUGUACCACUUUGUAAAAUUUGACAUGAAGUAUUUUAAAUUGGGGUGUAGAACCUUGAUGUACAGGCUAGUUCUGGUCCUCAGCUUGUUUCACCCAUCACUAAAGUAGACAUUGGAUUGGUCUCCGAUUUAAAAGCAGACUUUUUAAGCUCUUUUAAAAUGCCAAGGAGUGUUGUUUAAAUGAAAUGUUAUAAAGAAACACAAAUAUGUCAAUCAGAUACAAAGAUAGUUUAUCUGAUUGAGGGUGAAUUGUUUCUGAGCUUUACCCAAUUACUUGCUCACCUCUUUCAUGGCUGCUCAUGCAAAAACUACAGAGCAGCCUUGGAUUAACUUUUAAGGAAAAUAAGUACAAGCUUAGGGCACCAAGGGAAGGGGAGCACCACAGAGUUUUUUGCCCCAGCUAUCAUGCCCUUAACCCUUUCACUGCCACACUUGACUAUAGUAGACUUUUUUGUUAUUGUCUUUAUCCGCCAUAUUCCAAUUUAAUCUACACUGUUAAAAAAAUCUUUCUUUGGUAUGGUGAAUGACUAAAGUUUUAAAGUUUGGUUUGAAGGUGUUGUCAGAUAUUUACAUUUAUUUCUAAUUCAUGGUGUGAGUUUCACUUCUGUAGAGAGUAAAAACCAGCAGGCUAAGUCCUGAUAGCAUUUAACUCAUCAGUUAAUAUGUGUAAAGGUGUAAAAUAAAGCUCUUUAUUUUAAGCAAUGGAAGGGCUGGGGGCAUCACUAUUGGACUGUGCUUAGGAUGUACAUUAGCCCUGCUCCAAAGAGUGCAAUCUUAAAGUCCACUGGUGCAGCAGAAAGAACAUAGAAAUUGGUAUGUGAGAAAUGUUAAAUAAGUGUUAGCUUCCUUUCUUGGAACAAGAAGAUCAGCCCCAAUACUGAUUUUCUUAAUGGUUAACUAUGUUGGCAAUUCCAUUCACAGUAAAGCCUCUACCACAGUAGUAUUUUGCUUUCAGACUCUGACAAAAGCUUCAAAACUCACAAAAAGUUACACAUGCACACAAUUUUGAACACAAUUUCAAGGAGUUCACAGACUUCAAGUUAAGAACUCCUGUUUUAGAUUAGAGCAGUAGAAGUGUUGUGAAUUAAUUAGCUAAUUCACAGUUUAUUAGGAAGUUGAAAGGAGUAUUAUUUAUCCCUCUUACUUUCAAAAAGAAAAGUAGUUUACAAAAUAUGGUCCUGUAUACUGUGCAAUAAGAUGAAAAAUGAGAAUUGAUAAAAUCAGUGAUUGGGUAACAAUUAAAAGUGGAAAAAAAAACCAAGAUGAAGUAGGAGUACAGGUAAGUACCUAGAGACAUGAUAAUAUUUUCAAAUUCCUGGCCCAAGCAAAGACCAAAAUACGACAAGAAUAUUUGACCUAUAGUAUUAGAAUCUCCUGAGACUUUUCCCUCUAUUUUUCUACUUUUGUAUGUUGUGCUACUUCUUUGUGCAACAUUUCUCUCUUGUCUUUUUCCUUUCCUGCUCUGUUUUUUUCUCUCUUCUCUCUUUUUCAUUGACUUUUUUCAUGUAACCCUUCAUCUAUCUUACUGUGCCUUCAGUUGAACCAUAAAGUGACACCAAUGUCUAAAUAUCUUAUUUUUAUUGUCACCUGUUUUUGCUUUUAAAAUCAAUUUAAUUUAAUUUUGCACUCCCUCCUAAUCCCCCAACCAGAUUUAUUUGCUUUUUCUAUCGAUGUGGUCCAUUACUGACAUUCUGAUUCAUGUUUUUCAACUGACUAAAUAUUUUCCACUCUUGCUUUAAAUUAUGCCCCUCAUUAUUAUAGUGGACUUUUAAUGCUAAAUCAGUAUUUCAAAUAAUAAUCUAUUAAUUUGCAUUAUUCCAGGGAGAAAAUUUGUAAUUAAAAGAAGACGUUGAUGUGAUGAAAAAUGGAAUUUUGGGUACUGUGCUGUGUUUACUUAUUAUAUACAGUUCAUACUUCAUAGAAACUGUUAUUUUAUUGCUUUUGAAUAAAUUUUAAGGUUUUUAAAGAAAGUUCUUUCUUCUAAAGCUUACUUAUACUUUUUGUGAAAAUUAAUUCACUUUAUUUAUUGUUUUGGUUUAAACUUGCUACUUUCCUUUUCUUUAUUUUUUAUGUAGAAAUCAUUGUUAAAAUGCAUAAUAAGUACAUUCAGACUACCAUAUUAUUUGCUUAUUUUUCUAGUGAUACUUUAUUUUUAAAACAAGUAAUAUGAAUUUAGAGCUCAUUCUGCCACUGGUUCAUAAUUGUACUAAUAAUGGCUAGCUUUUGUUGAAUGUUUACCAUUUAUCAAGCACUAUUUUAGGCAUUUUAUAUUUGAUAACUCAUUUAAUCCACAUGACAGUCUUGUACAUGCCUUAAUUUUAAAAUGCUUUAUUGCUAGUGCAGUUCCAGACCACUGCAAUAAAGCAAAUACACAGUAAACAAAUCAAGCAUAAUCAAAGUUAUGUUUAUAUAACUAUGUAUGUUAGUCUGUGUAGCAUUAUGUCUAAAAAAAAUCAAUGUACAUGCCUUAAUUUUAAAAUGCUUUAUUGCUAACAAAUACUAAGCAUUAUCUGAGCCUUCAGCAUUCAUAUUCUUUUUUCUGGUGGAGGAUCUUUCCUCUGUCUUGGUGGUGGCUGAGGCUGGGGUGUCUGUGGCAAUUUAUUAACAUAAGACAACAAUGAAGAUUGCCGCACAGAUGGACCCUUCCUUUAACAAACAAUUCCCUGUAGCAUGCAGUGCUGUUUGACAGCAUUUUACCCACAGUAGGACUUCUUUCAGAAUUGGAGUCAAUCCUCUCAAAUCCUGCUUUAUCACCUAAGUUGAUAUAAUAUUCUAAAUCUUUUGUUGUCACUUCAACAGUCUUUACAGCAUCUUCACGAGGAGUAGAUUCCAUCCCAAGGAACCACUCUCUUUGCUCAUCCAUAAGAAGUAACCCCUCAUUCAUUCAAGUUUUAUCAUGAGAUUGUGACAAUUCAGUCAAAACUUCAGGCUCCACUUCUGAUUCUAGUUCUCUUGCUGCUUCCUCCACUAAAGUCUUAAACCCCUCCAAGUCAUCCAGGAGGUUUGGGAUUAACUUCUUCCAAAUUCCUAUGAGUGUUAAUAGUUUGACUUCCCAUGAAUCACAGAUGUUCUUAAUGGUAUUUAGCAUGGUGAAUCCUUUCCAGCAGGUUUUCAGUUUACUUUGCACAGAUCAAAUCAGAGGAAUCACUCACUAUUGCAGCUAUAGCCUUACAAUUUAUUUCUCAAAUAAUAACACUUGAAAGUGGAAAUUGCUCCUUGGUCCAUGGGCUGCAGAAGGGAUGUUGUGUUAAGCAGGCAUGAGGACAACAUUAAUCUCAUUGUACAUCUCCAUCCAAGCUCUUGGUGACCAGGUGUGUUGUAAAUGAGCAGUAAUAUUUUGAAAGGAAUCUUUUCUUCUGAGCAGUAGGUCUCAACAGUGGGAUUCAAAUAUUCAGUAAACCAUGUUGUAGACAGAUUUACUGUCAUCCAGGAUUUAUUGUUGCAUUUACAGAGUGCAGGCAGAGUAGAUUUAGCAUAAUUCUUAAGUGCCAUAGGAUUUUCAGAAUGGUAAAUGAGCAUUGGCUUCAACUUCAAGUCACCAGCUAUGUUAGCCCCUGACAAGAAAGUCAGCCUGUCUUUGAAGCUUUGAAACCAGGUAUUGACUUCUCCUCUCUAGCUAUGAAAGUCCUGAUGGCAUCUUCUUCCAAUAGAAGGCUGUUUAGUCUACGCUGAAAGUCUAUUGUUUAGUGUAGCCACCUUCAUUAAUUAUCUUAGCUAGAUCUUCUGGAUAACUUGCAGCUUCUGCAUCAGCUCUUGCUGCUUCACCUUGUACUUUGAUGUUGGGAGAUGGUGUCUUUCCUUAAACCUCAUGAACCAGCCUCUGCUAGCUUCAUACUUUUCUUCUGCAGCUUCCUCACCUCUCAGCCUCCACCGAAUUGAAGAGAAUUAGGGCCUUGAUUAUGCUUUGGCUUAAGGGACUGUUGUGACUGUUUUUAUCUUCUAUUCAAAUCACUAAAACCUUUUUCAUAUCAACAAUAAGCAACAUAAAGUACCUAGGAAAAAAUUUAAUGUAAGACAUGAAGACCUGUAUAUUAAAAAGUUCAAAACACUGCCAAGACAAAGAUUUAAAGAGAUAGAGAGGGCUUCCCUGGUGGCACAGUGGUUGGGAGUCUGCCUGCUGAUGCGGGUUCGUGCCCUGGUCCGGGUGGAUCCCAUGUGCCACGGGGCAGCUGGGCCCGUGAGCCAUGGCCGCUGGGCCUGCGCAUCCGGAGCCUGUGCUCCACAGUGGGAGAGGCCACAGCAGUGAGAGGCCCGCGUACUGCAAAAAAAAAAUAAAAUAAAAAAAUAAAGAGAUAGAGAAUAUAUAACACAUUCAUGAUGUUCAAUAUUGCUAAGAUGUCAGUUCUGUCUCAAAUUGAUGUAUAGAUUCAAUGCAGACCCAAACAAAAUUCCAAUAGAUUUUUUUAAAGACUUCAACAAGCUGAUUCUAACAGUUAAGUGGAAAUGUCAAGGACCUAGAGUAGACAGAUAAUCUUGAAAAAGAACAAAGUUGGAGGACUUACACUAUACUACCUGAUUUUAAGAAUUAUUAUAAAGUUAAAAUUCAAUAGAACUAAAAAGAAUUCAUAAAUAUAUCAGUGGAACAUAGCAAAUUAUGUAUUUAUAUAUUUAUAUGAUUUAAUAUAUAUUUAUAUAUAUAUAUAAUAUGUAAAGGUAUAUAUUUAACUGAUUUUCAGCAAGGCACCAAAGUAAUUCAAUGUUGAAAGGAAAGCCCUCAACAAAUAAUGAUGGAACUGUUGGAGAAACUUAAGGGGGAAAAAAAUAGUCUAAUUUCUACCUCAUAUUAUAUUUUAAAAUUAAGUCAGGGUGGAUUAUAAACCUAAAUGUAAAAGCUAAAACUUUAAAGAUUCUGGAAGAAACAUAGGAGAAUAACUUCAUGACUUUGGAGUAUGUAGAGAUUUCUUAGGACCCAAAAAGCACUAGUUAUAAAAGUAAAUAAGUGACUUGAUCAAAAUGAAAAGCUUCUCUUAAAUCUCUCAGCAUUAAGAAAAUGAAAAUGCAUGCUACAGAGAGAGAGCUAUAAAUAUAUGAGACAGAAAACCUGCAUUCAAAAUUUGUAAAACAACUCACUAUAAAUUAAAAAAAAUUUGUAAUCCCAAUUUAAAAAUUGGUAAGGGGACUUCCCUGGCUGUCCAGUGGUUAAGACUCCAUGCUCCCAAUGAAGGGGGCCUGGGUUCAAUCCCUGGUUGGGGAACUAAGAUCCUGCAUGCUGCACAGCAUGGCCAAAAAACAAAAAAAAAGGUAAAAGACUUAAACAGAUACUUCACAGAAUAAUAUAUGUGAGUGGUCAUGUGCACAUUUAAAAGUGUUCAACAUCUUUAGUCAUUAAGAAAAUAAAAAUAAAACCACAAUAGGCUACCCGUGAGAAUAGCUAAUAUUAACAAAUAAACAAAAAAAAGAAUAGCUAAUAUUAAAAUAACUGGUAACACCAAAUGAUGUGGAACAUCUAGAAUCACUUUGGAAAAUUCUUUGGCAGUUCCUUUUAAUUUCUACAUACAGCUAUUAUAUGAUCCAGCAAUACCACUCCUAGGUAUUUAGCCAAAAGAAAUGAAAAUAUACAUCCACCAAAAAACUUGUACAUUAAUGUUUAUAGUACCAUAUCUCAUUUAUAGCCAAAAACUAGAAAAACUCAAAUGUCCAUGAGUAUAAGAAUGAAUAGGCAACUUGAUACAUUCAUACAGUUAAGUACUAUAAAAAAGAAUAAACUGUUAUACAGAAUAAGUGGAUACAUAUCAAAAAUAUGCUGAAUGAAAAAAGCUAUACAUAAAAAUACUAUAUGACUCCAUUUAUAUGAAUUUUAAGAACAAACAAAACUGAUAUAUAAUAGAAAUCAAAACAGUGCUUGUCUCUCAAGGGUGGGGAAUUGAAUAGAAAAGGGACAGGAGGGACUUCCCUGGUGGCACAGUGGUUAAGAAUCUGCCUGCCAAUGUAGGGGACCCUGGUUCCAUCCCUGGUCUGGGAAGAUCCCACAUGCCGCGGAGCAGCUAAGCCCAUGUGCCACAACCACUGAGCUUGCACUCUAGAGCCUGCGAGCCACAACUACUGAGCCUGCAUGCCACAACUACUGAAGCCCGCACUCCUAGAGCCUGUGCUCCACAACAAGAGAAGCCGCUGCAAUGAGAAGCCCACACAUCACAACAAAGAGUAGCCCCCAUUCGCCACAACUAGAGAAAGCCCGCAUGCAGCAACGAAGACCCAAUGCAGACAAAAAUAAAUAAAUAAAUUUAUUUAAAAAAAAGAAGAGGAAGAGAUACCAGGAGUACACACAAACAGAAAAAAGGCCAUCUGAGGAUACUGCACAAAGAUAGCCAUCUGGACUUCCAGCCUCCAGAAUUAAAUAAAUUCUGUUCUCCAGAAUAGAAAUAAAUUUCUAUUGUUUAAACCACCAAGUCUGUGGUAUUUUUUUUUGGCAGCCUUAAUUAAUAUGACAGCUGAAUAAUACAGAUGGAAAUGGGAGUGACUACUAUUAGAUACAGGGUUUCUUUUUGGAGUAAUGAAAUGUUCUAAAAGCGAUUGUGGUGAUCGUAUAAUUCUGUGGAUGCUAUAAACCAUUUAAUUAUAUACUUUAAAUGGGUGAAUUUUAUGGGCUAUGAAUUAUGUCUCAAUAAAGUGUUUUUUAAAAAGCAGUCAGAGAAAUUCAUCAUAUUAACAAAGUAAAAAUUUUGAAAACAUCAUCAAUAGAUGCUGAAAAAGCUUUUGACAAAAUCCAACAUCCAUUCUUUUUUUUGUUGUUUUUGGGCUGCAUUGGGUCUUUGUUGCUGUGCGCGGACUUUCUGUAGUUGCGGCGAGUGGGGGCUACUUUUUGUUGUGGUGGGGGGGCUUCUCGUUGCGGUGGCUUCUCAUUGUGGAGCACGGGCUCUAGGCACGCAGGCUUCAGUAGUUGUGGCUUGUGGGCUCUAGAGCGCAGGCUCAGUAGUUGUGGUGCACGGGCUUCGCUUCUCCGUAGCAUGUGGGAUCUUCCCGGACCAGGGCUCGAGCCCGUGUCGCCUGCAUUGGCAGGCAGAUUCUUAACCACUGUGCCACCAGGGAAGUCCCCAACAUCCAUUCUUGAUUAGAAAAAAACUCUAGGAGAAAAUAUUUUCAAAUCAUAUAUUUGACAAGAGAUUAAUAUCCAGAAUAUAGAAAGAACUCUUAAAACCCAACAACAGGGCUUCCCUGGUGGCUCAGUGGUUGAGAGUCCGCCUGCCGAUGCAGGGGACACGGGUUCGUGCCCGUUCCGGGAAGAUCCCAUAUGCCGUGGAGCGUCUGGGCCCGUGAGCCAUGGCCGCUGAGCCUGCGCAUCUGUAGCCUGUGCUCCGUAACGGGAGAGGCCACAACAGUGAGAGGCCCGCGUACCACAAAAAAAAAAACAAAAAAAAAAACUCAACAACAGCAACAA